CAUACAACGAGCACAUAUUGUUCAAGCAAGAGUUUAAAAGACGCCGCAAGAAUCUCGCUGUGCAAAAGAGAGAGAGAGAGAGAGAGAGAGUGACAAUGGACAGUGCCUUUGACAAGCUGGAUGCUUCUGGUUUCUUGGAAAUCUGGCAGCACUUUGAUGCAGAUGACAAUGGCUACAUUGAGGGCAAGGAGCUGGAUGAGUUUUUCCGUCACAUGAUGAAGAGACUGGGGCCACAGGAGAAAGCGACUGAAGCACGGGUCCAGAGGCUGAAGCAGAGGUUCAUGUCCGCCUACGACGUCUCCGCUGAUGGCAAACUGCAGAUCCAGGAGUUGGCUAACAUGAUCCUACCUGAGAAGGAGAACUUCCUGUUGAUCUUCCACAGAGAAGCUCCUCUUGAGAACAGCGUCGACUUCAUGCAGAUCUGGAGGAAAUACGACGUGGACUGCAGCGGCUACAUUUCGGCUCAGGAGCUAAAGGCUUUCCUGAAAGACCUGUUCCAACGGCAUGGUAGGAAAGUGUCACCUGACAAGCUGGAGGAGUACACUGACACAAUGAUGAAAAUCUUUGACAAGAACAAGGAUGGCCGUUUGGAUCUGAACGACUUGGCCAGGAUCUUGGCUUUAGAAGAGAAUUUUCUGCUCCAGUUCGAGUUGGACGCGGGCAGUAAAGCGGAGAGGAAGCGAGAUUUUGAGAAAAUCUUUGAUCAUUAUGACAAAAGCAAGACUGGAGCAUUGGAAGGCGCGGAGGUGGACGGCUUUGUCAAAGAUAUGAUGGAGCUGGUCAGGCCCAACCUCACGGGUCCCGAUCUUGACAGGCUGCGAGAGGUUUUGUUGCGCCACUGCGACGUCAACAAGGAUGGAAAGAUUCAGAAAAACGAGCUGCUGCUGUGUCUGGGGGUGAAGCAAACGCUUUAACUGCAUCGCUGGUGUUAUUGUGUUAGAUUCGAAAAAGCAUGAGCGUAUUGCACGUGAGGCAGAAACAGAUCAUGUCGUUCAUGCGUGAUCCUGAUUGAUCAGUGAAGUGUGAUGAAUUGAACACAUUGUGAUACCGUGUAAUAAAAAAAAAUUUCUUUUGUGCAUGUUAAAAGCCAAAUUAAAUAAUGCAAAGUGAAUGCUUGUGGUUAGAAAGAACAAUUGUGCUGUAAAAUGCAUUUGUCACCACUUAUUAAAAAAAUGAAACGAA